AUGACCAACCCAAUAACAACCUACGGCUUAACUUCUGUCCCAGCCUCUCCAUCAGUUCUCCUCACUUCCUACCCCGGCCCACCCCAACACCCAACCGCCCUCCCCAUAACCGCUCUCCCAAUCCCCUCAACCCCACUAGCAACCCGCAUAAACGCCUACGCCUUAUCCAACCUCACCCCACAGACCUACAAUCAUUCCAGACGGGUGUAUCAUUACGGCCUUGCGAUAAAGAACCACCGGUUUCCGGAGUGGGAGUUCUCAGAUGAGACGUAUUUCUGCGCGUGCAUGUUGCAUGAUAUCGGGGCUAUGGAGAAAAAUUUGACUUCUACGAGGCUGAGCUUUGAGUUUGCGGGGGGAAUACUAGCGUUGAGAGUUUUGCAGGAUGUUAAUGCUGAUGGGGACGUGGACGUGGAUUCGACGACGGGCUUGGAUGGUGCAGAUGCAGAUGGGGAUAUCGAUGCAGAGGAGCGGAUGCAUAAAGGACAGGAAAUAGCACCACAGGAUCAAGCAGAGAGCAUCGCAGAGGCAAUCAUGAGACAUCAGGAUCUAUGCUCACAAGGAAGAAUCACUGCGUUGGGACAAUUGCUCCAGUUGGCUACUGUCCUGGAUAACACCGGCGCCCACGAGUCCCUCAUCCACCCCUCUACUAUCGAAGAUAUCGCGAAGCUCUUCCCGCGGAUGAAAUGGAGUUCGUGCUUUGUUGGUAUUAUUAAACGGGAGAUCAGUCUGAAGCCUUGGGCGCAUAGUACGGUCCUGGGGGAGGAGGAAUUUCCGAAGAAGAUAUUGGAGAAUACGCUUAUGGCGCCAUAUGAGUAG